AUGGCUCGCACUUUCUUCGUCGGUGGUAACUGGAAGAUGAACGGCUCCCUAGAGUCUACCAAACAGCUCACCAAGACUCUUAGGGAGGCUAAGCUUGACUUGAACGUUGAGGUCGUCGUUGCACCCCCCGUCCUCUACCUCCUUGCGGUCCAGGAGCAGCUCAGGGGAUCCUCCGUCUCCGUCGCUGCGCAGAACGCCUACCACAAGGCCAGCGGUGCCUUCACCGGUGAAGUCUCUGUCUCUAUGCUCAAAGAGGCCUCCAUCCCCUGGGUCAUCCUCGGCCACUCGGAACGUCGCACUCUUUUCCAUGAAUCCGACUCCAACGUAGCCGAGAAAACCGCUGCUGCUCUCGCCGAAAACCUCUGCGUCAUCCUUUGCAUCGGUGAAACUCUUGAACAGCGUGAGGCCAACGAAACCGUCAACGUCGUUGUCCGUCAACUCAACGCCGUAGCUGACCAGGUCAAGGACUGGAGCAAGAUCGUUGUCGCUUACGAACCUGUUUGGGCCAUCGGCACCGGUAAGGUCGCUACUUCGCAACAGGCUCAGGAGGUCCACGCUGCUAUUAGGAAGUGGGCGAGCGAGAAAUUGGGUAAGGAUACUGCGGAAAAGUUGAGGAUCAUCUACGGUGGUUCAGUUGCGGCUAAGAACUGCAAGGAGCUGGCUCAGCAGAAUGAUAUCGAUGGAUUCUUGGUUGGCGGUGCUAGCUUGAAGCCCGAGUUCGUGGAUAUUGUUAAUGCUAACAACUGA